UGUCCACAGACAAGAAGAAGAACAAGAGAAGAACAAGAGAGGGGAGGGAGAGAAGCAACACUGAUAUCAACAGGAAAAGAAGAGAUACCUGAAAGGAGAUUGCAACAGAAAUUUGGGAUUUAAAGGAGAAUUCCACCUAAGAGCUGAGAAAUAAAAGAAGACGUGAUAGAAGAGAGAAAGUAAUUCUUCAGAAAGAGAUUUUAGAGUCACUACUAUGUUCCUCCUUCUCUCAUUGUGCCUGUGUGGUCUUCUGCUGCGAGGUGAUGCACAGGACCGAGCUGCUCUGUGGAAGGGGAAUGACCGAGGUGGGCGAUGCCAGUACACCUUCUCUGUACCCAGCCCCGUCGAGGCCAGCUGCCCGCAGACUGGGGGCCCAGAGGUGGAGGGCCUGAAGACCAGACUCAACCUGCUGGAGGUGCUGGUGUCCCGGCUCACUGGAGGACAAACCGGGGGUCCCCAGGGUACUGGAGCCAAAGCUCAGGCUGAGCUUCAGGAGGCGCUGAACCGGGCCGUGGGGGAGAGGAACCUGCUGCGGGGGGAGAAAGAGCGUCUAGAGAAAGAGUUGGAGGGGCUUCAGCGCAGGAUGGAGGAUAUGCGGAGGGAGACGGAGAAGCUGAGGAACAAACCCUGUCCUCCACAGACCCCCAUGGUGCCACCCAGCACCCCUCUGCAGGAUAGUGGCCUGAUGAGACCUGCUGGUGGUUCCAGCGUAUUGUCUCACCUGAUAAACAGGCCCAACAAGCAGGGAGACAGCAGCAGUUUGAGAGACUCAGCGUGGCAGUAUGGACCUCCAGGCUUUCAGGAGAUGAAGGCCGAGGUGACGGAGGUACCUGCUCCUGACAGCUCUGAGGAUUACACAGGUUGUGGGGUGCUGGUUUCAGUGGCUGAGCCGGUCACUCACAAGAAGGCCGACAACAUAGCGGGUAAAUAUGGUGUUUGGAUGCAGGACCCUGAAGCUGUGCCCCCUUAUGGAUCCAACAUGAUCUGGCGCAUUGACACUGUUGGCUCCAACAUCAGGCAGCUGUUUGGGUAUGAAGACAUGGAUCAACUCUCUAAGGGCUUUCCAUCCAAGGUGCUGCUGUUGCCAGAGUCGGUGGAGAGUACUGGUGCCACUCUGUACAGAGGCUCUCUGUACUAUCAGAGACGUCUCAGCCGCACCCUCAUCCGCUAUGACCUCGCCUCUGAGAGCAUCGCAGCCCGUCGUGACCUCCCCCACGCAAACUUCCACGGCCAGGCCCCCUACUCCUGGGGAGGCUACACGGACAUCGACCUGGCCGUGGAUGAGCAGGGUCUGUGGGCCGUCUACUCCACCAACAAGGCCAAAGGGGCUAUCGUGAUCUCGCAGCUGAACCCGCACAGUCUGGAGGUGAAGAAGAGCUGGGAGACAAACAUCAGGAAGAACUCUGUGGCCAACUCCUUCAUCAUCUGUGGCAAGCUGUACACUGUUGCCAGUUACACGGCCCCCAACACCACCAUCAACUACAUGUAUGACACUGAAAGCAGCCAGGGAAAAGCCAUAGCCAUCCCCUUCAGGAACAAGCACCGCUACAACAGCAUGAUCGACUACAACCCAAGUCAGAGGAAGCUGUUUGCCUGGGACAACUUCCACAUAGUGUCCUAUAACAUCCGGCUGGGUCGCCAGCAGGCCAACUGAGGCCGUCAUGGGUGACUGUUGAAAAGUGACAUUUGCUCACCUGUUCCUGCUUCAGAGACUCAGAGCUUUAGGCCAUAAUAUGUGUGAUAGCAGCAAUUAGAAACCUGACACCACCAGAAUCCAUGUAGAAGAGCCGAACAACCAAGCUACAGAGUGAGAUGAAGAAGUUUGAAGAACAGUGUCGCCCUUUUUUUUCUUCAGUGGGAGGGCUUUUGCUGUGGCACAGUCAACAUGUGUUUUUAGAGGAAUUAUUUUUGUACCGCCUUUCAGUCAGAUGUAUGAUUUUGUUGUUUUCAUGUUAAGCUAUAUACUGUAUAUAUAUAAAUAUAUAUAUAUCUAUAUGUAUUUGACGUUUCAAAGAUGAAGCGAUUGCUGUUGCUCAGUUUCAUUCGCCAAGUGGGAAAAUUACUCCAUAUUAUUCACAACACAAACUCCUGUGGUAGUGCGCUCCCUUCAGUGUUUCACCAAUCAACAUCUUUCGUCAAAUAAACUGCUCUCUCACUCAGCAUGUAUUGAAAUAUUGCAUGUACUUGUACACUGUAGUCAACAUUGUUAAUGUUGAAAUUCAUCAUGAAAUAAACUUCUUAAAUGAC